AUGGCGGAUGGGCAACAACAACAACAGCCCCAAGCACAAGGAAUGGAAGUUCCCACUCCCAUACAGCAGUCCCAGGCAGAUUGGCUGUCACUUGCGGACGCCGCUGCGAACAUACCAAACACGAUGUACGUCUCCAGCUCUAGAGCAGGUUACAAAAAGUGGCGUAAAAUCUGCUUCAAGGCGUACAACAACCGUGCAACUUUUACCGAAGCGGCGGCGACCUGUCGCCAGGACGGCGGCACCCUGGCCAUGCCCCGAGACGCCGAGACCAACGCCUACCUCACCUCGGUACACAAGGCCAUGGCCGUCUACUCCGGUUUCUGGAUCGGCCUGUCCGAUCAAAAUGAAGAAGGGGUCUUCGAGUGGGUGGACGGCACGGCGCUUGGAGAGUACAGCUCCUGGGUUCCGGGUGAACCGAACGAGUACGGAGAACACAAGGACUGCGUUCUGCACAUGGGGAGGGGCACGUGGAAUGACGAGCCCUGCCGCAUCCCUGCGCGAUUCAUCUGCGAAGUCAUUCCAGGUGCGUAUUACUGA